GUUGGACCCAGUACAUUGGUGAGCAACAAGCAAUGGAUAAUCAUUCAGAUUCCAGUGAAUUACCUGGAAAAUAACUGGCCAGUUAGGUAUGCUGCAGUUCACCAGACGGGUUCCUUUGUUGCUGUUGCUGGUAAAGCUGGUAUUGCACAUUACUCUCUUAACACGAGAAAGUGGAAACUCUUUGGGAAUAUCUCACAGGAACAAAGUAUAACAUGUCGAGGAGGUCUCGCGUGGUGGAAGGAAUUCAUCAUUGUACCUUGUUUUAAUAUUCAUUCCAGUUCUGACGAGGUUCGUUUCUAUCCUCGCCAUUCUAAUCUGGAUAAUGCAUUUGCGGUGGCCGUUAAACUUCCAGCGCCGGCAUUUCUCGUCAACGUAUUCAGAGAUUUACUGCUUGUCUAUUGCUCUGAUUGUCGAGUCGUGUUUUAUUCUAUGGAAGCGAGUAGAGCUAACAGUAGCUCAGAUGCAACUAUUUUGGUUGAUCGACUUCAGGAAUUCUCAUUGGCUAAUCACGUCCCCCACCCAUUGGCUGUGAUUCACGUGACUUUAACGUCACGCUAUUCAGAAUCUGGUAAUUUGGAUGGUUUGGAAGCUGUGGAAUCUCUGAUUGCAAACGUCGGUGGUUGGUUAUUAAUGUUACAAAAGGACAAAGCAAGCCCCGAUAAAGACAAGAGAUCGAGAAAGGCGUCUUUCUGUUUACCCGUUAUACUCGCCUCAUGUGUGGAAAAUAUAUGGACGUCGUCUACAUCGAGUUUGGAUAAAAGACAUCUCAUGGAGGCGCUGUGGCUUGGCUGUGGUGCACAGGGAAUGAAAGUCUGGUUGCCAUUGUUUCCAGGAAAUGACCAGAAACCACCAAACUUUUUGUCAAAGAGGAUCAUGCUGCCAUUUCAACUGAACAUUUAUCCAUUAGCUGUACUUUUUCAAGAUGCAGUCGUUUUAGGAGCAGCCAACGAACCUAUGCCUCUAGACUGCUUAUCACCCAACCCUGCYUCGCUCUCGCCUCAACCGUUUCCAUUCUGCACCCUUGAAAGAACWGUAAGUAUUCAA